GGGUCACGGUUGGGAGGUGCUCUCCCUUAAAGACAGAAGCGAUCUCAAAACAGUCAGAAUAUCAAACUAACGGGACCGAAGAGAACUUACAAUUUAGCAGAAAGGUGUGCUGGAUCUGUGAAGAUGGGUCUGUGGACCCCCGUGUUCGUGGCGUUCCUCGGGCUGAUGUCGGUAGCAGCGUCUGACGAGGAGGGCGUCUCACAGGUCUGUCAGCCCGCGCCUCACUGGGAGAUCGAAGGGCAUUCGCCCAUGCAGGACCAGCUGGGCAGGGUGGCUGUGGUAGCGCUACUCAAAGCCAGCUGACAGUUCUGUCUCACGCAGGCUUCCAGGCUGGGAGGUCUGCGUGCCAAGCUGUCCAGGAGAGGGCUGUCGGAUGUGGGAUUCCUGAUCGUCAAUGAGAAGGAGCCCCAGGCCAGAGCCAUGUACUGGGAGCUAAAGAGGAGCGCGCCCAAGGGGGUUCCUGUAUACCAGCAGGACCCCCUGCAGCAGGACGUGUGGGAGACCCUGGGAGGGGACAAGGAUGACUUCCUCAUUUAUGACAGAUGUGGUAAGCUGACGUUCCACAUUGCAAUGCCUUACAGCUUCCUUCACCACCCUUACAUCGAGGCAGCAGUCCUUGCCACCUACCACAAGGACAUCUGUGGAAACUGCAGUUUUCAUUUAAACUCGACUCUAACUGCAGGACUGAAUGGGACAAAUGUUAGCUCCAUAAAUGCUACCGCCACAGAUUCUCCGCUGCCCCAGGGAGCCUCAGAGAUUGGGCACACAAACGCAACUGGACAACAAAGCCACCCGAACAGGGAGGCCCCAGUUAAAAACAUUCAGCACCAUCACCAUGGAGACCACCAUUCACACAAGGGGAAGGGGCAUGAGCAGCCCCACAGCCAUCAUUAAUCUGAAGGGCAAUGCAGAUUAACCCUAACCCUAAAUGUGCUGGUCCCAUUCCAUCAGAAACUGAGUUCCUGGAGACUGUGGAGGUGACACUGUGCUGUGUAUAGAUGGUGUAUUAUUAGACAUGAAUUACUAGGUAUUGAACUUGUGCUGAUUUUAAGUGUGAUAUAAUAUCUGUCUCGCUGCUUAAGUUUGAAAAUCCCACACAAGUUGAAAUUCGAAUCUUCACUGCUAGUUUAAUAUAUUUGCAUGUAGGACCAGAAUGACCAAGCCAUGUGACCCAGUGCUUAUUACAAUACUAUCAAGAAAUCAAUUAAAAAAACAAUUAUGUACAUGUCCGCCUUCCAACCCUUUGUUGCAAGGGCUAAUCAGACAAGCUGACCCUCAUUUGGUCUCUCGAUAUCUUUGCUGUUUAAACUUCCUGGCCCGUGCUGUUGGGUUUGCUAUGGCUCUCUGGCUCCUUGCACUAUAUGAAUUCUGCAGUUAAAACUAAGUGCUUAGUGGCUGCAGACUGAUGCUGUGCAGGUGGGACCACAGAGCUUGUAGAGAAACCGAACUGUUGAGUGGAGCAGCAAGUGCUGAGGCAGCGCAGUUUGAGGCAGGGUUGUAUUGUACUGUAUUGAAGUGUAUACAGAUAAGCUUGGUUGUUGUGUCAGUCAGGUUUAUUGCAUAUAAAGGGUAAUCGGCUAUCACCUUCACACCUUUAUCUGUUCUGCCUAGCCAUGUUGCAUAUAGACUAUCCCUACAUGGAAGGGUGAAAAGGACUUUAGAACUGCAAAGGUUAACAGUGCCCUUAAAAUGGAUGUUAUUACUAUUGUAUGCUAUAUUGCCUUACUUUGUCAUGAGAGUGUAAUAAAAUGCCACCUGUAUGUAUGUUACACUUGAUUUUGAAAGUUUUAUUUGCUCAUCCAGUUUUGAUGGAACUUGGUACAGACAUUCCUUGUUCCCUGCUCUUCAGGGGAUCCAGCCAUGUUGACCAACAUAUGUUCUGACCUCUGAUUUGUAAGUCUAAUAAUUAAUAAAAUGUAUUAAUUAACAAACCCAAUCUUAAGUACAGUCCUAAAUUAAAUAUGUGUCUGCUUGACUAAGUUUCUUAUAAGCUAUGGCAGUUAAUGUUUUGUAAGUUGUGGAUGAAUAAAGCAGUAUCAUUUGCACUUACUGUAAACCAUACUGUAUUUAAAUCUUGAUUUUGCAUUGUAACCCCAUAACAGCUGUAGAUCACCUUGGAUAAAUAAAUACAUAAAUAAAUAAA